AUUCUCUCCCUCCCUCCCUCCUCCCUCACACCCUUGUUGAGGGAUGCCUGGUUUCUUUAGAUCUUUCCACCACGUCAAGAAUCAGAAACAAGCUGAGGGGAGAACAAUCUCAUGUUUUUGUUCUUUAAUUAACAAAUUAAAUAUUGAUUGUUUAAGGAGUAUGGUCAAAACAAAUGAAAUACUCAAGUCAAUUUUGACAUAUCUCUUCCAGAUGUAUUGUUAAUUAUUAGUCCCAUAAGGGAAAAAAAGAAUUCUUCUUGUAGUUUAAAAGAACUCAUUCUAAACUUCUUAGAAUAUAAACUAUUUAUAAGUUGGGAUGACACACAUUUGGGUAAUGUGUUUUAUGAUUAGUUUAAACAGACUUCAAAAUCACAAAUUUAAAUGUGCUAUCCAUACCCAAGUUCACAUAUGUAUAACACAUAUUAUUCAUGAAUUUGCAUAAUAACAAAUGAAGGACAAAUGCUGAAUUCAUUUGCCUAGGGCUCAAUGCAAUCUACUAAGGAUUAAAUAAAAAUGUUUUAUAUGUAUGCUAUAUAUUUUGAAAUGUUAUCGAUAUUCCUGGUAGAAAAUGGGUACUAAUAUUCUUAGGAGAAAAUUUCUGUCCUGGAAUGAUAUUAGUUAGAACCUUCUACUUUGUUCCAAUUUGUCUAACAGACUUAAUCAGAGGGUUCAAUAUAUUUAACCAACCAUUUAGAUCAAGUUGCUUAUUCUAUUAAAGUCAAAUUUUUAUUUACUAAAAUGCUACCUAAACACAUCACCCCCAAAUCAUCAUCAAAGCAGAUAAAUUUUAAGAUAAUUAUUAUAAAAAAGACAUUUGCUUAAUUCUGGCUAUAAAUGCUGAUGGCUAAUACUGAAAAUGAUUAUCCAAGGGGAAAGGUCGUUUUUGUUCUCUCCCCUGACUGUUGUGAUUCUUUUGGGGACAGCUAGGCUGCUCCAGAUGGUGCGUUGUUAGGGCUGGACAGGCAUGGCUUUGGAGAGACUUCAACAGAUGAAAGCAGUAAUGUCAGGAUUUUACCAGGAUUUUUCCCCCCUCUCUCCCUGCAGUUCCCAGGGCAGGAAGGUGCUGAGAUAGAGGCAGGGGGACGCCAGCCCACCUGCUACCACCUGUUCAAUCCUCCAAUCCUCUGCUAUAAAUUCUCCUCCUCCUCUCUCAAAGAUAUUGGUGUUUGCUACUAAGGAAGAAGUGCUCUCUCUCUCUCUCUCUCUCUCUCUCUCUCCUCUCUCUCUCUCUCUCUCUCUCUCUCUCUCUUCAUGAAAGAAUAUAUCCUACUGAAAAGUGAUGCUUUCCUUGAGGACCCAAUAGCACCUCUAAUCAAUCAACCAAACUAAAUUUAUUUCGUGCCCGAAAGUACUACGGAGGAGAAAAACCCUUUGUUGUUUAGAACUUGACUUUGGGAAGAUGGAGCUCUAUUCAGCAUCUCAAUUUCCCUAUCUCUGCCUUAAGACAGCAAAUUCCUCUCCUGCAAACUAACUGCUUUUCUCCUAAGUUCCCUUCUUCAUUGCUCAAGUGGGGUCUCAUUCAGAACAGGUAAAAACAGUUUUGAUCCUGAGAGAGAAGAUUCCCUUGCCCAUAUCCUUCCCUACUAUUUCUUCUUUGCUGCCAAAACUUUGGGGGUGAGGGUGCUUUGAAUCAAAACUUCCUGAGGUAUGAAAUCCUGCAAACCAAACUCCCUGGAUUCCAGUCUGGAAUCUGAGCCCCAGUGCAAAGGUGGCAUCGAGUGUGUGGGAAAGUGUGGCUCCGAAAGGAUGGAAAAUGCUGCCCGAAGAAGGCUGGCUGCCAACGCCAGGGAGAGGCGGAGGAUGCAAGGGCUCAACACAGCUUUUGAUCGCCUGAGAAAAGUGGUCCCCCAGUGGGGCCAAGAUAAAAAGCUAUCCAAGUAUGAAACCCUGCAGAUGGCCCUCAGUUACAUCAUGGCUCUGACCCGGAUCCUGGCUGAAGCAGAGAGGUACAGCACAGAGAGAGACUGGAUUAAUCUGCACUGCGAACACUUCCCUCAGGACAGCUACCAUGCGCUUGUCGGACCCAAGCUCCCGGGUGAGAGUGAGCACUAUGCCCAAAGACUCUUUGGCUAUCAGCCUGAACACUUUCAAAUGGCCACUUAAGGCCAAUGGGUGCCAGUCAUUAUCUAACCAUUGCUGGAAGCUAGAGGAUCAGGUGGAAAAGGUGCAGGGUUUGGGGCUUCUCAGCUUCAUCCCCUGAAGUGGCUUCCUAGAAGCAGAUUUUGUUUGGGAAGUAUUGCAUCUCUAGAAGAAGGUUAGCCAAUUCAUAACUUUUUUUUUGAACAAAGCUUAUCAAUCCAGAGGAUUCCAUAACCUUGAUUUUCUUCCCCCACUGACAUUUAUGUAGAAUUGAUAGAGUGUAGAAUCAAUCUUUUGAGUCAUUUUGUUGCUUGCUAUGAAAACUUUAAAUGAACUGAUCAUGCAGAUUAGUUCGAGGACUUUUUCUCCCUCUCCCCACUCUUUUUCUGACUGCUUUGAGGAAAAAUAUUCAAUCUCUAAGAAACAAUAAGAUGAGACUGUCCUGCAGCUUUAAUCCUCAGAGAAUGAACUUGCGUAAACUUUGUAAGUUUGACAUGUUUCAGAUCAAGUGAUGGAUACCCCUUGCUUUCGUUAUAUGUUUGUUUCUUGUCUAUGCUCAAAAUGGAGCCGAUUCCACCUUGUGCAAAUAAUAUUAACCUUUAUUCACUCGUCAAAAUAAAUACCUUUAUGCUAUAGAGUGACUUCUGUGUGUGUACAUGAGAAAAAACCUUAGACUUUUUUCGUAGAGUAUUAUGGGCAUAAAUUCUCUUUAUUUUUUUUAACCAAUUUCCAUGUAGGAUUUAAAAUAUAGAUUUUUUGUAAACUAUGAAUAAAAUAUCACCUUUCUUUUGUUUCUUCUUUAUGUUAGUACUACAGCGACUUCUUGAUGGUCUUGCAAUAUGCCUCUGUGGCUAUGGCCACCGGUGCAGCCCACAACACUGACUAAGGUAGAAGGUCCACAGAGUCUGAGAGCAGCAAGGGAUUUCAGAAGCCAUCUAGUCCAGAAUAGGAAUUACCCCUAUGACAUCCCUGACAAAUGGUAAACCUGCCUCCAUGUGAGACUUGCAAUGAUGGGGAGCUAAUGACUUUAUGAGGCAGCUCAUUCCACUUUGGGAAUGCUGUAAUCAUUAGAUGGAUAUUUGAGAAUGAUUCUUCAGCCAGCUUUGAAAUUCACAGGUACUUUGAGACUUGUUUGUGUGUGUGUGUGUGUGUGUGUGUGUGUGUGUAUGUUUUAUAUUUACUACCUAAGUAGUAUCUACCUUUCAAACAACUGGAGUUAAAGCCUCCUUACAUGGUUUUCCUGUUUUGUUUCUUAUGUAACAAUUAUGUAACUUAGUUUAUACAAAUACUCAGAGACAUACUUUGAAUUGCAGAGAGAGAGAGAGAGAGAGAGAGAG